AUGGCCGACCCGUCAUUGACAUGGGACUGGAACCCCUUCGAGGAAUCCACAUUGGUUUCACCAACUGAUGACGAACAGGAAAUGAUUCUACCAACAGUUGACCCACGCCCGAUGCUCGCGGAAGUAGUUCAAAUCGACGAGACGAUAUCCAAGCUCGAAGCAGAGCUGUCGUCACUUAGACUGAAGCGCUUAAAAGUACUCGCAGAUAAUGCCCUGAUCAAUAGCGUUCCCCCAGAAGUCCUGAGUCGUAUCUUUGAACUCGGCGUUCACGAGAGUCAGCAGCUACUCCCCGUCAUAUCACUUGUCUCGAAAUACUGGCGCGAACUUGCUCUUGCCACGCCGACGCUCUGGAGCUACAUCACGAUGGACCAUGAUUGGAACUACGGCCACGGCGCAGAAUUACUGCGGAAGAUCCGAACAUAUAUGGAUCGUGCUCAAGCCGCGAAGAUCCUCGUCGACCUCGACUUUCGAUAUGCAGAAUCACUCGCCGAGGCUCGAGCGAUCAUGCAAGCACUCAACCCCCAUCUCGCACGUUGUUUCUCCUUCCGUGUGAGUGUACCUGAUUGGGACUGGAUGGCUGUGGUUGCUGAGCAAUGCGACAACAUGCAUGCAAGCCUUGAAGCCCUUGCAUUGCGCAUCGACCCAGGAGAUAGCGAGGACGCGGCUCCCGUACCACUUCUCGAUGGUGUAUAUCCCCGUUUAACAAGCGUCACGCUCGAACAAAUGCCAUUAGCAUGUGUCUUUGCGAAGGGUUAUGCACCUCACCUUCGUCAAUUCCACUUGGUUCGUGAUGUUCGGUACCAUGCGAACCAGCGUAUCAAGAUCGCUUUACGCGAGUACCUCUCUGCAUUGACUUCUGCUCCGGACCUAGAGGACGUUCGACUACAAUCGACGAUAUUCUAUCUCGACGGCUCCGAAGGACUCUUCCAACGUUCACCUGUUCGCACUCACGUCAUGCGAGUGACAGAUCUGGCACUUUCUUUCCUUGACGCGACGAAUGUUGGGCUCCUCCUCGAUGCGGUUACCCUUCCUUCUCUAGUUCGUCUCGCAGUCCAGAUGGAUUCAGGGCUGGAAGGAGACAACCUGUCGUGGCUUUCGCAUCUCUCGUCUGCUGCUAUAGCAGGUCGAUUACCAGCUUUUCGACAUCUUGAGCUCCGCACAUGUACGACAGAGGGUGCAGCACUCGCUCCUCUCGUACGCGCCUUACACUCGCUCUCCCAGAUCACCGCACUCGGACUUGCAGCUCCUCCUUCAGGUGCAGUCGGCUCUCGACUCUUUGAGCUCCUCGCGUCAGGACCAGGGAACGACAACUCUGGUAGCAACGCGUGGCUCCUUCCGAACUUGCGCGUUUUGAGUUUGAAUGGGUGCCGAGACGUUAGCGGACAUGAGGUUCUUCGUGUCGUCCGGUCACGUGCUUCUCGGCCAAGUGUAGACCUAGGUGGUGUCGAGAAGAUACGCAUGGUCCGUAUCGUACCAUGUUACUCCCUUGACCCCGAGGUCAUCGAGGCGCUCAGACAGAACGUCGACGAACUUCGGAUCGUUCAAAAUUAA